CGAGGCUGCCAGGCAGUGGACGACACAACACCAGACAGGGCCCUUUGCUGCUCCCGCCUCCCACCCUCUGUCUCUCGUCUUCAGCUGUCCAAGCAAAGUCGCGAAAAUGCGGGUUUGACCUUUCUCGCAAACCGACAACACCACAUUAUCGCCAUCACAAGAAUUGGCAAACAGUAACAGCGUUCAGCCUUAUUGAACUGUUCUCGCCCGGCUUUCCGAACAGUGGAUCAAACGCCAGACGACCUACAUUUCCUGGUUUCCGACAUAUCGAUUUCAUAAUUCGACGACAGAUAAGAUCAACAAAAAAACACCACUUGACCAGCUACAACAGCGACAACGUGAAGCGACAAUGACAGACCGGCUCCCGCCUAACCUCCUCGCACUCUUUGCGCCCCGGCCACCUCUGCGCUGGGUGCCGCCCUGCGAUGUUGCUCCCGAAGAGCGCAAGUCGGCCUUCAUCACCCCCGUUGCCGACUUCCUUCCUGCCAUGCAGGCCUACGAGCAAGAAUACGAGUACCAUCCCACCGAGAGCUGGCUGGAGGCGCGCGACCGCAAGAAGCGCGAGAAGAAGGAAGCUUUGGAGAAGCUGUUGACCGAGGGUCCCAAGAAUUACAACCCUAAUGACGAUCCCAACAUCAGAGGAGAUGCUUUCAAGACGUUGAUAGUAGCGCGUCUUGACUACCGUGCUGAUGAACAGGAUCUCGAGCGCGAGUUUAGCCGCUACGGUCCUAUCGAGCGUAUCCGUAUCAUCAGAGAUACCCACGCCGAUGAGAACCCAAACAAGAAGAAAAAGCCCCAUCGUGGCUAUGCUUUUGUCGUUUUCGAACGCGAAAAGGACAUGAGAGCUGCUCUAGAUGGCUGUGAUGGCGCCCGUAUUAAGGAUCGCCGCAUCAAGGUCGAUGUAGAGAGAGGCCGCACGGUUAAGGGAUGGAAACCUCGUCGUCUCGGUGGCGGCCUUGGUGGUCGUGGUUACACCAAGGCAAUGCCCGCUAGGCCCAUGGGUCCCGGUGGAUUUGGCGGUCCCGGUGGCUUCCGCGGUGGUGGUUUUGGUGGCGGAUUUAGAGGACGCGACCGCGGCUUCAGGGGUGGUGGCGGCCCCGGCGGCGGCUUUGGAGGUGGUGAUCGCUUCGGUGGACGUAGCGGUGGCGGCGGUUUUGGUGGCGGACGUGACGGCGGCCGUGGCUUCGGCGGCCCAGGUGGCAGCAGUUUCUCGCCUCCGUCUAAUGCUCCCAAUGGUCCCGGUGGUGGCUUCGGCGGCCGUGACCGUGACAGUCAUCGUGACAGGGACCGCGAUCGCGACAGCCGCAGGGACGGUCCUAGCGGAAGCAGCGGUGGGUACGGUGGGCGUGAUGGCGGUCGCUCAUAUGAUGACAGAUCUGGCGGCGGAGGUUUCCGCGGCGGCGAACGCAACGCUCGGCAGACUGGCAGCAACAUGGAGCCCAUCAGGCCUAGAGAACCCGGAGCCCCAAGGGAAUCCAGAGACGGUGGGUAUCACGGUGGCCGCGACUACGACAGGCCCAGAGAUCACGACGACUCAUCCAGGAAACGCGGAUACGACGGCGGAUACGAAGACCCCAGGAAGUUGCGGCGCUACUAGACAUGAUGGCUGCGAAACAGCAUUGACAGACCUCCUAAGCAACAACAACAUACUGGUCCGGUUUGUCUCGUGGUGGGUAUCAUCAGCCCCCUCUCACUGCUCUCAAGUUUCCACUCAGUAUUAUUCUUCCCUUUUCCUUCGACGAUAAGGGUAAGCCACGAUGAUCACUUCUCACGUGUCAUACUUGACUAUGGACCGUGUCAACUAUCCACGACCAGAAGAAUAGUGGGAGGUAUCCAUGUUCGAGACACUUGGACGUCCAAAGCGGAUGUGAUUAUCUUUUCCGGUGGCUAAGGUAACCGCGUCAUAAGGAUCCAAAGAGCAAUGGUUUGCAUGCUCAUCAGCCCAAGUCCGAAUGGCAAUCCGUCCGGCCUUCCGUUCCAUCGGUCUGUCAGUCACAUCAGUCCAAAGACAACUGGAGGUCUAGAACUCCAGGUGGCACUGGUGAGAGAUUUCGUCAACGCAUGCACGGUGGUGUGGCACCCGUCGCAUACAACCUUGGCAACUUAGGACAGUACACUCAAAAGCGUUCCGCCAUUGUCUUUUCGGGAGUAACAAGACAUCAAUCAGCAUCCGUUGCAGGAAGCUAAAAUCGAGGUAAAAAGAACGAAAGCCAGUUGCUUUCCGCGCUUUCGAUUCCAUGUCUUCUCGCCUUUUUCUCUCUUUUUUUUCCUUCUUCACUUGUAUCAUAUCAAGUUUUUUUUGUUUAGCCCGUGUACUGUUGAAUCAAAACAAAGGAGUAAAAGCACGGGUGGGUAGGUAGGAAAAGAACCAAAAAUGACAUUGUUAGCGUAAAAGGUAUGAAGUUGGUAAGCGCCGGUUGUAGCUCUGGAUUUCUGAACUGUAGCUUCAUC